GUUACGGCAUCUUCCAGGAAGAAAAGCCCGGACCCACAGGCGGCGGACGCUGAAAGAGUGUCUCCUGUCAGCUUCAACGUCAUUUUCCUGUUUUUUUUCUCCGUUUGGUGUGCUGGUUUUUCACCGAAGCCUCCGUCGAUAUGCUUAUUAAAGAGUUCCGAGUCGUCCUGCCCAUUUCAGUGGAGGAGUAUCAAGUGGGCCAGCUGUACGCUGUGGCAGAGGCCAGUAAGAAUGAGACGGGAGGAGGUGAGGGGGUGGAGGUGUUGGCCAAUGAGCCCUAUGAGGAGGAUGGGGAGAAAGGACAGUACACCCAUAAGAUCUACCACCUGAAGAGUAAAGUGCCAUCUGUUAUUCGAGCAGUUGCACCAAAAAAUUCUCUUGAGCUUCACGAGAAGGCCUGGAAUGCAUAUCCCUACUGUCGAACCAUUCUUACAAAUGAGUACAUGAAAGAUGACUUCAUGAUUAAGAUCGAGACAUGGCACAAGCCCGACAUGGGUGAUCAGGAAAACGUACAUGGACUAGACAAAGAAACAUGGGAUAAGGAAGUUAACGUUGUUCACAUUGACAUUGCUGACCGGAGUUGCAUAGCUUCAAAGGAUUACAAGAAGGAACAAGAUCCAGCGAUCUUCAAGUCAGAGAAAACGGGCAGAGGACCUCUGGGGCCUGACUGGAAGAAAGAGCUUGCUAACAACCCCAACUGUCCUCACAUGUGCGCCUACAAACUUGUUACAGUCAAAUUCAAGUGGUUUGGAUUACAAAAAAACAUAGAGAACCUCAUUCAAAAGGUGGAGCAUCGUUUGUUCACCCACUUCCACAGACAGCUCUUCUGCACGAUUGACAAUUGGGUGAACCUGACAAUGGAUGAUAUACGACGUAUGGAAGAAGAAACGAAGAGCGAGCUGGAUGAGAUGAGGAAGAGUAAGGAUGUUCAAGGCAUGUCAGCUGAAUGAAUGCUGCAGCUCAACCAGUCACUCUUCUUCUAAAACUCUGCUUGACCAGCAAUGACUGAUGGGCAAAAUCAAGAGCACCACACCACUAAUACUAAUAAAGUUUGCUCUUAAUAAGAGCUCUUUCUUGUAAAAUAGUUGUGUGUGUUUAUGCACUACAUUUGAAUGCAACUACAACAGCUUUUCACUUUUUAGCAAUUAAUUUUCCAAACUGGGGGAAUUAGUGGUGAGGCUGAGGCAUUUUUGCUCAUGUCUGAUUGGUCCUUUUCCUGUUAAGGAUGUCGCAUCACUGGUAUCUUUUUUUGAUAGUGUCUAUUGUGGUUUUAUUGUUAGUUUUCCUUUCUUUAAUUUGUAUUUAUCAAGUCUCAUCAACUUAUUUUGUUUACUUACCAAAGUAGAGCAUAAUCUUCAGUCUAUAUCAUCAAAGCACUAAAAUGACCAGUCUUAGAUGCUUUUUUAAUAUAAAUAUACUUAAUAAAAUAAACUAGGCUACACUGUUUUGUUUAGUGUUUUUUUUGGUUUUUUUUGUAAUGUGUUUUUUGUUUUCAUGGCAUUCAUAUAUUGUUGGUUUCAAUCUCCUGUUCUAUUGUUCUUUUCUAUUAAAAUAUAAAUUUGUUUAUGGUUUGAAAUCAA